AAUGAAGGAUCACGCUGCCUGCGGUCCACGCCUCCCUGCCUGCCUCAUCCUCUGCUCUGCCUCUUCAUCAGAACCCGCUGCAGCCUCUCGAUUCUUUAUUGCGCUUUGAUUGAAUCCAUCUCGAUCUGUGCAGCGCCGCGUAAAGGAGCGUUUAACGCCAUUUAAACCUCGUGCUUUGCUCCUUCCAUUUUUGACCCUUCGGCUGCUUGCAUAGCACCUCUCUGCCUGUCUAGAACAUUGUGUCCUUUGUGGUUGAAAAUGACUGCAAAGCAUCGCAAAGGGAAGAACAACUACAAACAUGAAGAUAACUUUUUCAAAAACGAUGCCACGGAGACAGAAGUUCGCGGUGGGGGGAAUAACAUCGCUCUCCACUUGGUUUUAUUCCUGUUGAUAGUAAUAUGCGGCGCUACUGGCUCAUGGUUCUGUUUCCAGCAGCACCAAACAUUAACCUACUUAACAGACAAUCUCAUGGGCAUGCAGAUGAAAAUAGUGAAGCUUCAGUCUUCCCACGAAGAAAUGAGACAGUCAAAUAGCCAGCAAGUCUCAGAGAGCCUGGAGAUCCGCCUGAAUGCCCUCGAGGAUUCCUACGCACUGGCCCAGAAACAGGUGGGCAUGGCCUUGGCUACAGCUGAGCAGCUCAGGACGUCUGACCUCCCCGCUCAGGUGAUGUCUCUCCACACGGAGAUGAAAAACCGCCUGGCAGAGAUGCAGCAGGCCACCGUGUCCCUGGAGCAGCUGAGCCAGCUGCAGAGCAUGCUGAUGGGCAAGAGUGAGGAGUUUGAGGUUGUCAGGAUCCAGGUGGAGGGCCUGUCCACACUGAGUCACGAGCUAUCCCAGAAGGUGGAAGGCUUGACGGGGAGCAUGGUAGAAGCAGAGUCAAAGCUGGAGGAGAGAGUCGGGGAGGUUGCCACACUGAGCGCUAGCCUGGACGGACAGGCGUCCGAGGUGCAGAGACUGAAGCAGCAGUUGGAGUCCUACCAGGCUCAGCUGGAGGCCAGCACUCUGGAGAUGGCUAAUCUCAGAGAGUUGCUUGGGAAUGAACCGCUCCUGCAGGGCAGCGUGGAGGAACAGACCGAUACGCCUGUGGAAGAGAGAGUGGAAGAGGCAGCUCCUGCAGUAGAAGAAGAGGCAGCUCCCGCAGUCGAGGAAGAGGCAGCUCCCGCAGUCGAGGAAGAGGCAGCUCCCGCAGUCGAGGAAGAGGCAGCUGCAGCACCUGAAGAAGUGGAGGAACCUUCUGCAAUUGUAGAAGAAGAGGCAUCCAAUACUGAGGCAGAAGGAGCGGGAGAGGAAAGUGAAGAAGAGGCAGCUGCACAGGAUGAAGCCCCUGUCGAGCAGGAGGACUCUGUGACAGAUGACGCUGCUCCUGCAGAGGAGGUCGAGGCCAUAGAGGAGGCUGAGGAAGAGGAGUCUGCUGCCUUAUCAGAAAAGACAGAAGAGGAGGCCCAGGAAGCAGAGGAGGUGGUGUCUGAAGGAGAUGGGGGACUGGAAGAGGAGGAAGUGUUAGAAGAAGAGGAAGAACAGCAGGAUGUAGCAGCUGAAGAGGAGGCAGAAGAGACGGAUGAAGAAGUAGAUGAGCCAUUAGAAAAUGAUGCUUCACCAGAGGAUGAAUAGUGCAUAUCACCAGAAAGGGAUUUUUUUCCACACCGGACAUAUCAAGGAAGGAGAAUGAGAACUUUCUCAGUACAAGAAUCACAGUCAACAAUACGACAGAUACUGUAGAAGGCAUUAUUGAGUGCUGUGUUUUGGUGCAGUUUUCAUUAUGUGGUUGCUCUUUGAAAGGCAGACCUCAGUCAGAAGAAAUUAGUCAAUAUGCUGGACCUCAAAGCAUGAGUUAGGAAAUGGGUAAUUCAGGGUGUUCCUGCCAAUAACAACCUCAGAAGCCUUAAUCCAUACAAUAAUGACAUGUCUUUCUACAGAGCAUUUCCACUCUUCAUCACUCAUGUUUUGUCAAAGUUAGGUUCUGUAUUAAACUGGAAAGCCAAUGACAUAAAAAGAAGUUACUGCCUAAACUGUUUGUCAAUGCACUUGAAGCCAUAAGUAGUGCUUGUCUUUGUUAGAGUAACUAAAUGUAUCCCAGUUGUUUACACAGACAACAUGGGUAACUAAAGAGCUAACACAAUAAUAAAAACAAGCAUCUUUUGAUGAGAUAAACAAGAAUACCUGUCUUUAAAAUAUAGGACAAACUGUAGUUGAUAGAUUUUUUUUACUUUUGAAAGUACUGUGUUACAGUGCUUUAAAACUGGAGGAUUGCUUUUACCCAGCACUUUCCUUCAACUGAUUACAAUUACACCCAGUCACCUGUAGUUUGUAAUAUACAGUGGUGUUAAAGUCCUGUACCAAGAACUAUUUCAAUAGCAUCUUACAUAUUCAGAUUUUUCUUCAGACUAUGCAUCAUGUAGUGCUGUUGUGAGCCACAAUACAAACAGAAAUGAUAUGCAUUAUUGUCACCUUUUGAAUAAUGUUUGGACAAAAAGCAGUUGUCUGUAACUAUGAGAGGAGCUUCAGGAAUAAACUGCUCUCCAGGAUUACAAAUUGUGGCACAUAAUAGCAUCUAAAUAUUGCAUUUCUUGUGUGGCAUUCAAAUAAACACAGAGGUGAGACUCCAACAUGGUUAGUUUUAAUCAAAACAACACCAAUUAGACCUACAAUCAUCACUGUAAGUUAACAUUACAGCUGCAAAUGUGGAUCUUGUGUGUGAAGACGGCCACAUGACAGGUUAGUGCAGCAGAGUCAGAACAGUAGGUCAAACACACAGGUUCAUCAGAGCAAGCCAACAGAAGGACUACUUAAAACCGUACCGUCAUGUUGGACGUUUAAGCAGAAAAAACUUCCAGCAGGACACCGAAACCGAUACUUGGAUCGAAACGUCACCAAGACUGUGAAAUCGUCACGGCUCAACAGCCACCAGAUGUGAACUCGGCUGAACAUUAACAACAAACAAAGGACAACACAUAAGGUCUCAUCACAAGACUUAUGUUUCUCUAAAACGCUCUGAAGACAACUGGAUAAUGUGAAUCCUCAAAUAAGGCAAACAGAAUGUGCAAGCUGUGAUUAGGGCAAAUAAUAGACAUAUCAGCUUAUAUCAUGUGUGUGUCGAAUGACCUCUUUGGAGACAUUACAGAUGUGUAUAUGGUGCUUCAAACAUGUGUAAUGUAUUUUUGUAGCCAUUGUGAAAGUUCUUGGUAUCACCGUAAGACCUGGGCGCCACUGUACACUUUACUGAGACUUUUCACUUUUGCAAAAUGUAGUUUUUGCCAAUACAUUGGUUACUGUCAGUAUGAGAUUCAUGUUUUUAAAAUAAACCCUGGUUCUUUGA